CCGGCCGCAGCCCCUCCCCGCGGGAGGGCGGGCAGCAGCGGCGCUCGGUGCCCCGCAGAGCCGGCGGGAUGUGCGGGCGCACCGCCUGCUCCCUGGCCGCCGACAACCUCCGCCGGGCCUGCGCCUACCGCGACCGCCGGGGCCAGCAGCGGCAGCCCGAGUGGGUGCGGGGGGACCGCUACCAGCCCUCCUACAACAAGGGCCCGCAGUCCAACAGCCCCGUGCUGCUCUCCCGCCGCCACCUCCACCAGGAUGCUGACUCCUCUGAGAGGGUCCUCAUGGACAUGCGCUGGGGCCUGGUGCCCUCCUGGUUCAAACAGGACAACCCUUCCAAACUSCAGUUCAACACCUCCAACUGCCGCAGUGACACCAUGCUGAGCAAGUCCUCCUACAAGAGUGCUCUCCUCAAGGGCAAGCGCUGCGUGGUCCUGGCUGAUGGCUUCUACGAGUGGCAGCAGCAGAGUGGGGGGAAGCAGCCRUACUUCAUUUACUUCCCCCAGACCAAGGAUGCCAUGGACAAGGGGACAGAGGGAGAUGAGGAAUGGAAAGGAUGGAGGUUGCUCACCAUGGCUGGGAUUUUUGACUGCUGGGAGCCACCAGCAGGAGGAGAAACGCUGUACACUUACACCAUCAUCACCGUGGAUGCSUCCAAAGAUGUGAGCUUCAUCCAUCACAGGAUGCCAGCCAUCCUGGAUGGGGAUGAAGCCAUCAGGAAAUGGCUGGACUAUGCUGAAGUGCCAACCCAAGAAGCCGUUAAGCUCAUCCAGCCCACAGAGAACAUUGUUUUCCACCCAGUGUCCACCUUUGUUAACAACAUCCGCAACAAUACACCCGAGUGUGUUGCACCYAUUGAGCUGGGAGCCAAGAAGGAGAUCAAAGCCACCCCAAGCAACAAASUGAUGCUGGGCUGGUUAAAAGGCUCCCAAGAGGGCUCUCCCCAGAAGAAAGAAAAGGAUUUGCCCAAGUGGACAAGUCAGUUCAUUAACAGCCCUUCACCCAAGAAAACCAGCGCAGAUGUCCUGCAGCAGUGGCUGGGGAAGCAGGGACAGCCGGCUGCGAAGAAGCGCAAGGUUUAGGCACCAGCRGGGGUGGCUGGCCAUCCCUUUAACCCCUGAUUUUCCUAAGCAGAAUGAGAAAUGUUUGGGUUUUUUUGGAAGUCUUUGCCGAUUGGUGUUGAGAUUGGCCAAGCCUCUCAGGUAUUGAUCUGCUGCUCUAGGUGGUUGUCUCUGUUCUUUGUGUUUUGUUAAAGGUUGAUAUUUGUCUUUAAAGAUUCUGGCUUUGUCUUGGGCUGAUGGGAGUGAAUAUAACCUGUUGGCCUCCCUCCCUGCCAGUCAUGCCAAAUGAAGAUAAAGCCCUGAGAACAUCUCAGCCUGCCAGGGAGGAAUAGCUUCUGCCUCCUGACUGUUCRUAGUUCAUGUCUCCUUCUGUUUGGAUUUCUCUUCCCUUUCUUUGGUAUUAAACUGAUACCUCUUUUCCACUUAAUUCUACACUGAUUCUGUACAAAUUCCUUUCCAAUACUCUUGCCCUGAAAAGAGAGCUGCAGUACAGUGGAACAAGYACUGAAUAUUAUGAGGAAACCCCAGGCCAGGGAGAUCUUCCAGAUCCAYCCUUCUCUGCAGCAGCAUUGCUAUGUGCAUCCAUGGCUCCUAAACAGGGAGAUGUUUAAGUGAUGCCUGAGAGGACCUGGGCUUUGCCUGGGUUUCCCUGCAGCAGGGUGGAACCGGGUGUCUGUCACGUUGUUUGUACAAUCAUUUUGUUAAUGGGAUUUGAAGRCUUAGAGAGGAUUUUCUUGAUCUGGGAAGGGAUGCACUCUGCCUUGUUCGAAAAGGUCAGUCAUUAAAGCCCAGAUAACCAAAGUGCCAUUGCAGAGCAGCGUAAGGCUGUUGUUUUUGAGGUCACGGAUUUUGUAAACAGAGCCAGAUGUUACAGACCAAAAGCCUUACACGGUGAAAUCCUUGCUGGAAAUCAGUACUUCCUUUGUAUUGGAAACAAUAAAAUGGGCUUUGCUGRCUGGCU